ACAUUAUAUCGGUGGGAACAGAAGCCACUUCCGUUCUCGUCGGUGGGCCGCUAUAGCUCUGUUUUAUAGAGUUUGAAAUAGUAUAAUAAGAUAUAUUGUGACGUUUAGAAAUAGCUCUGCUUGUGUCGAAGGGGGUUGAAAUCAAUAUACUGGUAUUUACCUGCAGCGGAGUCUUCAUGCUGUCUUCAUCUGCGGGGUUUAUUAUGGUGUAAACAGUAGCAGUUUCUCGAGAGACAGCAGGUGAUAGAGACCCGAGCGGCAAUGCUGACGCUGGCGAGCAAGCUGAAACGGGACGAUGCAGUAAAGAGUGGCCGCAGCAACAGUGCCACUGCAGACUCCACGCGACGGGUGUCUAUACGAGACAGGCUGCUGGUGAAAGGUAGUGCACAGAAAGUUGCAGAACUAGAAGCAAAUCUUCCAAGUACGUGUAAAGUGAAUUUCCCUGAUGUAAACAAGCUCCACCACUUUCAGCUAGAUGUCACUCCAGAUGAGGGCUAUUAUCAGAGUGGCAAGUUCCAAUUUGAAGUAGAAGUCCCUGAAGCUUAUAAUAUGGUGCCUCCCAAGGUGAAGUGUUUGACUAGAAUAUGGCACCCAAACAUCACAGAGACAGGCGAAAUCUGUUUAAGUUUACUCAGACAACAUUCAAUUGACGGUACAGGCUGGGCUCCAACAAGAACACUAAAGGACGUUGUUUGGGGACUGAAUUCGUUAUUUACUGAUUUGUUGAAUUUUGAUGACCCCCUCAAUAUUGAAGCAGCAGAGCACCACCUCCGUGACAAGGAUGAUUUCCGGAGUAAAGUUCAAGAUUUUUAUCAAGCAAUAUCCAGAUGAUGAACGAGACUGUGGAAGUUACACUCUGUGCUGC